AUGAAGAGUUACUUGUUUCAGAGUCUCGUAUUCCGCGUGCUCCGUCACCCGGAGGUGCCCGAGUUCCAGCAGUGCGUGGCGUUCGACGCGUUCCCGAGCCACCGGCAGGAGCUCGCGUACAACGUGUUCUGCCUCUGCGCCAUGUACUUCCUGCCGCUGCUCAUCAUCACAGUCUGCUAUGGGUGCAUUUUCUACGAGAUAUCUAAGAACUCGAAGGAAAUAUCAGAUAAAAACGUGUCCGACCACAGCCGCAUCCAACUGCGUCGCUCGGACCGACGGCCGCUGGCGCGAGCGCGGCGGCGAACGCUGCGCAUGACUGUCACCAUCGUGGCCGUGUUCGCGUGCUGCUGGAUGCCCUACGCCACCAUGACUUUAUGGUACAUGGUGGACCGGCAGUCGGCCAAGCACGUCUCGGCCCGGCUACAGGACCUGUUCUUCGUCAUGGCAGUGUCCAACUCGUGCAUGGACCCUCUCGUCUACGGGACCUACGCGUUGAACCUAAAGGCCAUCUUCACAAAGACGUUUAAGAAAAUCUUCUGCAUACAUGCCGCUAGCAAUGAGAUCACACGGAUGUCAGCGCACGCAACUCUCAAGACUAAGCUGCCGACCAACGACUUGCAUCCUGCUCCGGUACAAUGCAGCAGUGUGCGCCGGCACAGGGUGCGCUUCCAGGAGACGUCACUCGGCGGCCCCAGCGUCACGUCCGACCCCGUGCGCUGCUGGCGCGACCACUCGGACGAGGACCACAAAAUCAAACCGUCGAGGAGCUGCGAGGUGUUCACAUUGCAAACGCCAAGGGACUAUUAUUAAAUGUGCCAAUUUUCCUAUAAUUCUAAACAAGACUGAAAAACUAGUCGACAGCGCGAAUAGUGUGAUAAAAAAAGUCAUAGG